UCUCUGCACUCUAGUUCUACUUCUUCUCAAAUAAUAUAAUAAUAAUAUAAUUUUUGCUAACCUUUCUUUCUCAUUUACUUGUAGGGAAUGUUUUGCUUUAUGGAGUUUCAUUCUUGAGCUUAAUUUCUUUUUGUUUCUUGCUUGUUAAUUAUUUCUCAGGCCCCCCUUUUGCCUUUAAAUCAGAUAUUUGAUCUUCUUGUCUCUUCAUCUUUAUCAGAAUACUAGUUGGCCUUUAGGUUUGUUGUAUCUGAGAUGCCUUCUACGGAUUUUCCCCUGCGUUGGGAGAGCACGGGAGACCAUUGGUGGUAUGCUUCUCCGAUUGACUGGGCAGCUGCAAAUGGUCAUUAUGAUUUGGUCAGAGAACUUCUACGAAUGGACGGCAAUCAUCUUAUCCAGCUUGCAUCUCUUCGUAGGAUCCGUCGCCUUGAGAGUGUCUGGGAUGACGAUGAGCAUUUUGAUGAUGUUGCAAAGAAUCGCUCUCAGGUUGCGUACAAACUUUUGUUAGAGUGUGAAUCUAAGAGAGGGAAAGAUUCUCUUAUUCGAGGUGGCUAUGGUGGAUGGCUUUUAUAUACAGCUGCCUCAGCUGGGGAUUUGGAUUUUAUUCAAGAACUGCUUAAAAGAGAUCCACUUCUUGUUUUUGGCGAAGGAGAGUAUGGUGUUACUGAUAUAUUAUAUGCUGCAGCCAGGAGUAAGAGUUCUGAGGUUUUUAGGCUGCUUAUUGAUUAUGCUCUUUUGCCUCGGUUUUCUGAGGGUUAUAAGAAAGAGGAUGAGGAAGAUACUAAGGAGAUGCCUUCUGCUUAUAAGAGGGAGAUGAUGAAUAGAGCUAUUCACGCUGCUGCUAGAGGAGGUAAUCUGAUAAUAUUGAAGGAGCUUCUUGGCGAUUGCUGUGAUGCACUGGCUUUCAGAGAUGUUCAAGGUUCAACUAUAUUACAUGCAGCUGCUGGCCGGGGGCAGGUUGAGGUAGUAAAAGAUCUUGUAGCAUCUUUUGAUAUCAUUGAUUGCUCAGACAAUCAUGGGAACACAGCUUUGCAUGUGGCUGCUUACAGAGGUCAAUCAGCAGCGGUUGAGGCUUUAAUGCUUGCAUCUCCAUCCACAAUGUAUUCAAGAAAUAAUAAUGGGGAAACUUUCCUACAUAUGGCUGUUACUGGGUUCCAGACCUCCAUCUUCCGGAGAGUGGACCAGCAAAUUGUGCUUAUGAAACAACUCGUUUCUGGAAAUGUUUUCAACAUUGAGGAAAUCAUUAAUGCCAAAAAUAAUGAUGGGAGAACUGCUCUUCAUGUGGCCAUUAUUGGGAACAUUCAUACUGAUUUAGUGGAAUUGCUUAUGAGUGUCAGCUCGAUUGAUAUCAAUGUCUGUGAUAAUAAUGGCAUGACUCCACUCGACCUCCUCAAGCAACGGCCACAUUCUGCAUCAUCAGAAUUACUGACUACCCAAUUGAUUUCUGCUGGAGGGGUCUUCAGUUGUCAAGAUUAUUCAGCAAGGAGAAUUAUGGCUUCCCAUAUAAGGAUGAGAAGUGCAGGUAUUAGUCCAGGAACUUCGUUUAAAAUCCCCGACUCAGAAUUAUUCUCACACAUGGGCAUCAGGGAACGAGACACUAGAAUCAAAUCUGAUGGUAUUACUAGUGCAAGGUUGAGCACUGAUCAAGAAGAAAUGAGAAAAGUUGACUUUGUUAUGGAGAAUCAUGGCCCAAAAAAGUAUGCUAAGCAAAGUUCUGUGAGUGAUACAGCUUUACGCUUGAAACGCCUCUUUGGUUGGCCCAAGAUUAAGAAAAAGAAACCUGAGAUUCUGCAGAAAAAGAUUGAUGAAAUUUCCCUGAGCAGCUCUGAGGAAAUUCCCAUUUCACUUCGACAGAGAUAUUCACAACGUUCAUCACUAGCCAACAACAAAAGAACGAUUUCAGUUAGUAACAAUGUCCAGAGUCCAAUUGCUAAAAAGAAAUUUGCUUUUGGACUGGUACAAGGAGUUGUGCAUUCUAUGCCACAUUCAAAUGCCAAACAUCGGUCAUGUUCCAGUUCAUUAUCAAAAUCAUCACUUUCUUCACAUAGUUCAUUAGAUAAGCAAAAAGACAUCAUUGUGGAGAAUAACAUGGCAGAGGAAUCUUGUUGUGCUCCAACAGUUGAUGCUGGGUCAAAUGUUCCAGCUCGUGGCAACACGAAAUUGAUGAAACGAAUAUGUUUUGGUGCUUCGGGCAGCCAGAAGCAACACGAGAUUCAUGAGAGAUCAUUUUCUUCAAUCACCAGCUAGAAACAAAGGAGAGAAGACCUGCUUACAAGCGUUCAGUGUCACAGGUUAUGUAGGUCUGCAAGAUAUGCUUUCAUUUGCAUUUUUAGUUUGUCUAACAUGUCGAGGAUAUGGAAUUUUAAUGCGAAGUUUGUAGUUUGUUGCUUUUCCUAGGAAUGGAUACAAUUUUCACGCA